AAAAGACUAAAUCCCCAGGAUAUUCUUGUAACGUUAACUAGUAAAUUAAGAACUCAGACCGUUCGUGAUUAAAACAUCCCCAAAGGAAACUAUACGUUUUUCUACGUCUAUAAAAGCGAUAUAUACUAUAAAGUUACAUACAUUGAAAGGAAAUCAAUUUCCCAGAAAGGGGUUGUCCGCGUUUUCUAGGGUAUGUAAGUAUGGUUAGUUUUAUUACGACAGUUGAAGACGUGUUACUAACAAAACAUCUCACCAUCUGUUGUAUGUUUCUUUAAUGAUAACGAUACUUGGAUUAAUUAAAGUUGUCAGACCCCGAAGUUAUGCUAACUUACAUAACAUCGUCACUUUAUUUUAUGUUAGAUUUCGUUUUGCACAAUUACAAACAGUCAUGACAGUAGCUCUCAAGUCAAACACCUGCCCAACCAGGCAAAGGUUCAACGUGGUCACAUGAUUGCAUGGGUGUGUGACCUAAACGAAAAGAAAUUUUACUUAAAGGUACUAUCUGCAUCGAAUUGUCUCACACGACCAAUUCAUCUGUACAGUGUAAAUGGAUACUGACUUUUGAUAAUGGGGUAAGACGGACGAUGCCCUGUGUGGAGGUGGAUACCAUCCACAUCACAUCAUCAUGACUACGACGUUGUUUUUUGCUUCUUCUUCUUUUUUUUUUUUUUUUUUUUUUUUAGAGAGAUUUGUCUAUAGAACCCUGCUGCUAAAUCAUCGAGCUACGAGUAUUAUGAAGCUCCACUAUAUGGACAUAUUUGCGAUUCUUCAUCAUUCAUUUCUUUCAGGACACCUUGCAAACCUUCCAAAGCCAGCCAGCAUUGCCGAGGGUGCAUUUUAUAACGUCACAUAUGUCGUGGAACAGAACACUGAUGACGACAACAGGGUGAUUCCUGACGAACAGCGCCUGAUGAAUCACAUCUUAAAAGGGUAUGAAAAAGCUGUACGACCGGUGCAGAACGCUUCAACAGCCGUCAUCGUCAAAAUGGGCCUAACAUUGACUCAGAUCUUUGAUAUGGAUGAAAAAAAUCAAGUUCUUGUAACCAACGUAUGGCUUGAUCAGGAAUGGUACGACGAAUUUUUAAGAUGGGACAGAGAGACCUUUUCUAAUAUUAGUAAAAUUAGAAUACCCUGUAACAAGAUCUGGCUUCCUGACAUCGUUUUGUACAACAAUGCGGCAGAAUACACGGAUGGAGUUAUGUCAGCAAAUGCAAUGGUAGAAAACAAUGGCAACGUUUUUUGGCCGAUUCCUACAAAGCUACAAAGUUCGUGUAAGGUGGAUGUGACGUACUUCCCGUUCGAUGACCAAAUUUGUAAAAUGAAAUUCGGAUCCUGGACAUACGACGGUUUUCAAGUCGACAUAACAAACAGGUCGGAGGAAGUUGACUUAUCAAAUUAUGUUGUAAAUGGUGAAUGGGUUCUCAUAAGCGUCAAGGUCCAAAGAAACGUAGUUUACUAUACGUGUUGUCCAGAAUCAUUCCCGGAUGUGACGUUUUUCGUUCACAUUCGACGUAGAACGCUUUAUUAUAUGUAUAACGUCAUCUUCCCGUGCAUUAUGAUGUCAGCUCUUACUCUGCUGGUAUUCUGCCUCCCACCAGACUCUGGAGAGAAGAUAGCCCUGGGAAUUACUGUGUUACUUGCUUUCUCAGUCUUUAUGCUGGCCGUGGCGGAAAAUCUACCGGAAACAUCAGAGUUCGUCCCAUUGAUCAGUAUAUAUCUAACUAUCGUCAUGUCGUUGACAUCCGUUUCUGUAAUAAUGACGGUGUUCGUGUUAAAUCUCCACCACCGAGGCCCUAACCGUCGUGCCGUGCCGAUCUGGUUACGUAAUAUUCUGUUAGGACCACUUCAGGAUAUUUUAUGUCUGGGGAAAAAUAAUACAUUUUCAACACUAAACCCAAAUCCAGGAUUCAUAAGAACAAUGUCGUUAAGGGCAACAUUGGAAAACAUUGCUCAGGAACUUCAAAAUGAGGCGCAGUUGGAAAACGGUGUAAUGGCGGACACAAUUGUUACGGAUGGGCAAGGAACAACUCUUCACAAUGACACGAGGUGUGACGUCAGAUUAUUGCCAAAUGAAACACACCAAAGACCAAGAAGAGGGAUUCAGAUUAAAAACUUGCAUACAAAGUCACACGAAGAAAUCAUCAGAAAUCUACAGAUUAUUUUGGACAAGCACGAAAAAGAAGAUAGAAACUUUGAAAUAGUCCAAGAAUGGCGAAAAGUGGCGCAGGUUGUAGAUCGAAUCUUAUUUUGGAUUUUUCUUAUUGGAACAGUGAGUUCUACCAUUAUAAUUCUUGUCAUCACUCCAGCAAUGAAAUAGCUGGUACGGUUGUUUUUUCCCUAUCAUUUCUCCUUGCACUUGUACAAAUAAUUACAUAUCAUAUUCUAUUAUUCAGUCACUCCAUACAUAGUUUACACAUGUACAUAUGCAUGUAUACGAAAGAACAUUUUAUAUAACUUCGUACUUUAAUUCAGUUCAGCAUCAUGCAAAAAUUAUAAAAAUAAUAGAUGUGAUAUUUUCAUGGGUUACGAUCUCGUAUGUUAAAAAGGGUCAUUGUAAAUUCAAAUACAAUCCUUUAUCUUAUAACGAUUAUAUUGUAUGCAUGCCGUAUAUUGGUUUUGAACAGCGAACAUACAUGUGAUUCAUUGAUCAAUUUACAAACAAUGUAUUAGUAAUGUCGUAAUGAACAGCAUUGUAUUCUAAAACUUGUAGUUUUGUUAAUGUUUAUAAAAUAUAGUGUCAAAUGGAAUUCUCUUGAA